AUGCGUCCUCCUCCAAGACCUUCGACCGCCAGAUCUCAAAUUGUUGCGCCUCCUGCAGCUCGAAUCGACCGCUCCGGCGCAGUAUCCCCAGCAGGAUCGGUCAUGUCGGUGGCUACGACGCAAGGAGGAACGAAGAGAAAGGAACGGGAAUUCGAGCACGACGAGGAAGAGACCAAUAUCAACGUCGUGGUCAGAUGUCGAGGUCGCAAUGAGCGCGAAGUCCGUGAGAACAGCGGAGUCGUCCUAUCAACGAACGGGGUGAAGGGCAACAGCUUAGAUCUCUCCAUGGGACCCAGCGCUCUCAGCAACAAGUCGUAUCAAUUCGACAAGGUUUUUUCUUCGGCUGCAGACCAGGCCAUGAUUUACGACGAUGUGGUGACGCCUAUCCUGGAAGAGAUGAUUGCAGGAUACAACUGCACGAUUUUCGCCUAUGGCCAGACUGGAACUGGCAAGACGUACACGAUGUCCGGAGACAUGAACGAGACCUUUGGAAUGCUCUCUGACGCAGCAGGAAUAAUACCCCGAGCGCUCCAUGCGCUGUUCAACAAGCUUGAAAUUGAUGACGCGGAAGCUUCAGUGAAAUGCUCCUUCAUCGAACUCUACAACGAAGAACUCCGGGAUCUAAUUUCGCCGGACGACAAUGUAAAGCUAAAGAUUUACGACGACAACUCUAAGAAAGGUCACUCGAGUACUAUUGUGCAGGGAAUGGAGGAGUCGCAUAUUAAGAGCGCUAUCGAGGGUAUCAAUCUUCUGCAGCAUGGCAGUCACAAGCGACAAGUUGCAGCUACCAAGUGCAAUGAUCUUAGUAGCCGAAGUCACACGGUAUUCACCGUUACGGCAUAUAUCAAGCGCACUGCGGAAAAUGGCGAGGACUAUGUCAGUGCUGGAAAACUGAACCUGGUGGAUUUGGCUGGUAGCGAAAACAUCCAACGCAGUGGAGCCGAGAACAAGCGCGCUGCUGAGGCUGGACUGAUCAACAAGAGUUUGUUGACUUUAGGAAGGGUCAUCAAUGCUCUGGUCGACCGCGGCUCUCACAUUCCUUACCGCGAGUCGAAGCUUACUCGGCUACUGCAGGAUUCCCUGGGAGGACGGACGAAGACAUGCAUCAUUGCUACUGUUUCCCCUGCGAAGAGCAAUCUGGAAGAAACAAUCUCUACCCUAGACUAUGCAUUCCGGGCGAAGAAUAUCCGGAACAAACCCCAGGUCAACCAGAUGGUCAACAAGAAGACUCUUUUGAAGGAAUUCACGUUCGAGAUUGAAAGACUGAAGAGCGAGCUCAUCGCCACCCGGCAGCGCAAUGGAGUGUACCUCUCCAACGAGAGUUAUGAGGAGAUGACUGUGGAAAGCGAGUCCCGAAGGAUCCUCAGUGAAGAGCAAGCCGCCAAAAUCGAGACCAUGGAAACAAACUUGAGGAACAAGGUCCAGGAGCUUUAUUCCUUGACCUCCAAUUUCAUGACUAUGAAGAAGGAAAACGAGAAUACUAAGUCCAUUCUCGACGAGACUAAGGAUAUUCUUGAACAGACCGAAACUGUACUUGCCAAUACGCGACAAAAUCUUGCCGAAGAGACUGUCUUGCGAAAGGCACAUCAAGAAACAGAAGAGCAGCUGAGCACCGUCGGAGGCGAACUUCUGUCGACUCUGGGUCGAACUGUACAUGAUGUGGGUGGACUGCAUGCCAAGAACAGGAGAAAAUCGGACUUGCAGUCUCUGAACCGCAAUACUUGGGGGCUUUCGCAAGCACAGGUGACCGAGGUCACCAGUAUGGUGGAGGGCAGAGUCGAGGAAUUUCGGGUUCAACAGCAGGAGUUGAUGGCGACUGUUUCCACCAGAAUGCAAUCCUUUGUCGCUGGUGAGUUGGAGAAACUGGCUGCCACGCAAGCAUUCCUGGAAGAGAAUGUUGCAAAAUUUGAUGGAUCCGAGAAAGAAGUAUCAGAGCAGACAAGAACCGCCAAGGAAGAGAUGGAUGCUGUUUUAGAAGAGAUCAAGACUCUCCGAGAAGACGUCAAGACUCGCGUUGGCGAAGGACUUCAGGGUAUGUCUGUUGCAGCUGAGCGGAUUUCGGCAGAAGUUAUCAGCGAGCUUGGUGCUUUCCACACACAGCUACAUACAUCCUAUAGCUCCCUCGGCCGCGAUUUCAAGGGUCUGUUUGAGGAGCUUCUCAAGCACGUCCACGCUCAAAAGGCCGAGGCAGAUAUCCUGCGCCAACAAUUGGCCACUGCUAGCGAACUUGCCAUGCAAUCGAAUGUUGCUGCGUGCUCGCGUCUCGAUGAAGUCCGUCGCGAAGAGAAAGAGCUGGCGGCUGUAGAUCGUCAAAGCCUGCUCUUACAGAUCACAAAUUUAGUCAUGUCCCAAGGCGAGGCACAGGAUGCACGCCUGAAUUCCAAGAUCCAAGAAGUCCAAAAAGAUGUUCUGGCAUCGAAAGAGGGCUUUGAAUCGUCACAGGCUCAGUACAACACUGGAAUGGAUGCUUGGAAUGAGAAGGAGACACAGCUCGUCGAGGAAGUGCUGCGCUCACGAGAGACACUGAAGAGCAAACUGAAGGAAGACUGGGUGGCUGCGAACAAGCAUAACACAUCCCUCCAAGCUGCCACAAACUCGGUCCACGCGGAGACAGUCCGGAUCGUCGAUGAGCAAAUGAAGGAUAUCGAGAUCCAAAUGCGAGCUCUAGACGACUUUGUCACCCGCGCCCGCUCUCAAAACGCCCGGCACCAUGACAGCCACACCCAGUCUCUCGACAACCUGUCAACCACUGUCAAGUCGUCAUACUCGAACAUUGGCUCCCAUUUCACCGCCACCUACGAACGCGUUCGCGAUCUUGGCGAUGAGAUGUCCGCCAAAACCACAACUCUUCAAGAAUCCCUCGCUCCUCUCGACUCCGUCCUCAAAGAACCCCUCACCACCCUCCGCGAAAACAUUGCCAGCACGAAUUUCCACGAAUACACGCCUACUGGCCAAACACCGCAGAAAGUGCAAUAUACAUACCCGACUGAACUUCCACGCACAGAUGCACAUGAGAAGAUCUUGGCUGCGAUGCGCAAACCAGUUGAGUUCCGCAGUCCGAGUAAGAGUAUGGCCUCCAUGGUUCCUGUGAUUUACAACGACGACCCAUUAGCUUUCUCCGGUGCCACGCGGCAAUUUUCGCACUCUCUCGGCCCGCCACCCUCACGACCUGCUGAUGCCAAAGAAGAAAUUGUGCGCCCGUUGACCAGCGGGAGCGCAGGGCUGAGGGAGAUGGAUAUUAAUGUACAGCCAAUGGUGGACGAGAAUAUCAUUCAGAUACCAAGUCUUAAGCGCAAUGUCAAUGGUGGCAAGCUGCCAGUGCUGAAGAACAAAAGGAGUGUUGUUGCCUUGGAGGGGAGGGAGAAUGUUGAUCCGGGAACGAGUAUGAUGAAUCCAUCGGCGCAGGUGGGGGGUACAGGACGCAGGAGAAGUCCUAGAAAUGGUUAA